AUGUUGCCCUCACGCAUUUGGCUGGGACCAGCGGCCUUGAUGGCUGCUGUGGGUGCUGCAGCGCAGAACACAACUGCCAACUCGUCCUCGAGUUCUGCCACGAGUUUGACGCCAGUAGUCGUCCUGAUGGAAUUUCCAUCUUGCGCGUCAGCACAAUGCUCAUUGACGGACAUGGCCUCUCUGUUGAACUGCUUCUGUACCAAUGUCACGGCGCAAGCAGAGCUGUCUACUUGUGCGCAGCUGAGCUGCGAGAUCUAUGAUGCUGGAACGUCACUGUACAUCGAGAACGCAAUGUGCGCGGCUUACCCAAAACAGUCGCUGGUCUAUGUCAUCAAUACUGCCGCCAUUGUCACAUUUGCGUUGGCCAUUCCCGUCGUGGCCGCUCGGUGUGCUGCUAGGUGGAGGCUCACCAAAGGACUUUGGUCUGACGAUUACAUGUCAAUUGCUGCAACUGUCUUUUUAAUCGUUCUUGGUGUCAUCCAGCUUGAAUGUGGCAAAGUCGGUUUUGGGUUGCACAUCUGGAAUUUCGACUGGAACAACUCGGAAAAACUGCUCAUUUUGGACUACGUCGGUCAAAUAGCCUACAUUUGGGUCCAAAUUACAUCAAAACUGGCCGUGUUAUUGCUCUACUACCGAGUCUUCAAGGUCGCCGGCUCCUUGUGGUUCCGGUGGGCAGUGAGAGGCUGCAUGGCCUUCAAGCUUCUACACGGCCUGAUCUACACCUUUGUCGUUAUAUUCCAGUGCUCGCCAGUAUCCGCCUUCUGGGACACUACCAUCACGGAUGCCAAGUGCUUCAACGAAGGAAUAAUUGUGUUCUCUGGUGCCGUGGUUUCCAUAGCAGAAGACAUUGCUCUCAUGGUUCUACCCAUAAGCGAGCUGCGGAAACUCCAAGUCAGCGGACGCAAGCGAUGGGGAGUUGCCAUCAUGUUUGCUUUCGCUUCAUUUGGAACUAUAGCCAGUAUAGUCCGUCUUCGGUAUCUUUUGGUAUUGGACGAAAGCCACGACUCUACAUGGAACAAUGUCAACAUUGUCGUUUGGAGUCUGAUUGAAAAUCUCAUGGCUGUGGUCUGCGGCAGUCUACCAGCCCUUCGGCCAUAUGUCGACCCUUGGAUCCCGCGCAUCUCUGUCACCUGGCCCAAAUCCCGCGGCAGCAGCAAAGGCACUCCAAAGCACACCGACAACUCAACCGCCAAUUCAGAUACCUUGUACAGUCCGAGCACAUACGGUGCCGACUACAAAAAGUACUCGUAUCCAAUGCCACCGCGAUCUCCCCACAAUUCCUAUGGACGAUGGAAGGAAUCGCAUCCAGUCGAAGAAGAAGACGAAGAAGACCAACACCAGUUGGAUGAUCUGGAAGUUGGCUUGGCAUCUGUAAUGGUGGUUUCGCGGAAAACACCGGAUCUCCUGGAACGAGGCAGGAAAAGCCCCGACGCAAUCGAGCAGGGCCAAUCAAGCGAAAGUGAGACUGAACUCAUCAUACAAGGAAAUCGUGCAUCAGCCGCUUACAGUCAGAAUCAAAGGUCAUCAACAGGAGCCAAGCAGAAUUGA